GUAGAGGGAGGAUCAAAAGAGGAGAGGACGAUGAUGGCCGGGCUAAGCGGACGCGCCAUCAAUCUCGCACGAAAUCUCGAUCACGUCCCCCUCCACCCCGCCAUCGCCAUCUUGAUAUCUCCCGCCGUCGCCUCGGGCAAUGCACCACACUCCCUGGACAAAGAUCCCCUCGAGCUCCCUCCCCUCCGACAGCAUCCCCCCCGCGAACGCCAGGCAGUCCCCCUCCCCCGCGACCGUCGGCGGCAAGGGCAAGCGCGAAGUCCGCAGGCUCCAGAAGCUGCACGAUGCUCUCAAGGGCUCGACCGGGAGAGAGAAGGACCCAAAGGGCGGGUGCUUCUGUCAAGGUACGUCCUCCCCUUCUGCGCUCGCGUCUUCUUCGCAUCGAAACACCCGCAGCGCGCAUGCACGCUCUAUCGCCGUACACACCCAUCUGCCGCCACUGCGGCCUCAUCCUCUGCGCGCUCCACCACCCUUCCUACGCCUGCCCCUCCUGCGCGGCCCCGCUCCUAACCCCGCCCGCACGCGCCGCCCUCCUCCGCACGAUCGACACCCAGAUAGCCGACACCCUCGCGCACGAAGCGGCCGAGCGCGCUCGUGCGCUCGAGGAAGCCCGCACCGCCGCGGGCGCGUUCCCCGCGCUGUCUGCCCUCACAACUAAAAUCGCCGCCUCCGACGCACUCGUCGCGCACCCCGUGAACCAGUCGCACAAGGUCCUCUCGCUCAAUGCAAAGACGAAGAGGGUCACCGUGGCUUCGUACCCGUCUACGCCUGCCAUCUCCCGUUCGGCGUCGCGCGAGCGGCAGAAGGGAAAGGAAAAGGAAGAGCAGGAGACGCGCGUCCCGCCCCCGCCCAAGGAGGUCCCGCAUGUGAGUAGCGAUGCGCUGGACCCGCUCCGGCCCUGGGCGAACCUGCGCGGCGGGUGCGUGACCUACGUCCCUCUGCCGAAGGCGAGCGAGAGCGGCGCAUCCAAAGGCAGCUCGAGAAGGAGGGGAAGGGGGAAAGGACAUGGGUCUGGUACGCGAAUAGAGAAGAAGGAGAAUCAGUAGCGGGCAACGUGACUCGCCCUUCCUACGUAUGUAUGGUAGGACGGGCCCCCUCGAACGGCAGCGGCUCAUUAGGAGCUGGCUGAUGCUGCCAUUAUCCC